AUGGCCGACUCAGAUCCCUUGCUGAGUGAUCUGUGCUCAAUAUGCCAUGCCAAUCCUCCCAAAUACCGCUGUCCACGCUGCUCAACACGCACCUGCUCUCUUCCUUGCACACGUCGCCAUAAACUCUGGUCGCAAUGCUCUGGCAUUCGCGAUCCAGCUGCAUAUCUAAAGCGCAAUGAAUUAAACACUGAAUCUGCAUUUGACCGCGACUUUAAUUUCAUCACCGGAAUCGAGCGCACCCUCGAGCGCGCGGAGAGAGAAGUCGAUAACCGCGGGAUUGAUCUUGCGGGCGGUGCCCAAACCGACGAUGGUAAUUCCGAAGGUUUCCAGCAUUCGGCUGCUGGCCGUAAGAGGAAGCACCCGAACCAGGGCCUUGCCAAGGGCGAGGCUGCGUUCUUGCGUGGUACCGAGACUGCUCGCGUGAAAGUUCUUCGAGCCCCCAAGGGGAUGUCGAGGAAUAAGCAGAAUGGGUCGCGUUUGCAUCCCAAGCAUAAGCGUCUGGCUUGGACUAUAGAGUGGAUUGCGGCUGAUGGAGCGAAAACUAUUCGUGAUUCUGUCAUCGAUACAUGCUCUGUCGCUGAAGCCUAUAACCGAUGCUGCCCACGCCCGAGGGAUCAAGAGACAGCUAUCGAGCCAGUUAAAGAUGAGAAGAAAGAAGAUCUCGACACUCCUAAUACAACUCUCGCUGCACCCAGUGACCCUGUCACGACGGUGGUUGAAGAGGCAGAUACAAAACAACCCACAUCUCCGACUGAAGACUCAGCAAAGGAACCAGCACAUGACUCAACCGAGAAAACGGAUAAAGCACCAAAUCAGACCAUCGCCCCUCACCGCGGUCUUUACUUCUACCUUCACCGUCCGCGAACCACAACCAAAAAGCCUGUCUUAACUCCUCUGUUGCAAACCUCAACUCUCAAUACUGUUCUGCGCAAUCGAACUGUCCUAGAAUUCCCUACGAUCUAUGCACUGCCAGAGUCAGCGGAGACACUGUUUGCAGAUAAAGAUAACUCCCAAUUUAUACUGGAGGAAGACUAUCUUCGCACCGCUGGGCCAUAUGAGAUAAGCCAGUCUUCGACCACGAGUGACGAUGAUGACACGGCUGGAAACGAAGUGGUCCCCGGUUCUUCGGUGAAUCUCCAAGAUGUCGAUGAGAACCUGGUAUUGGAGGUAUUGAAGAAAGACCUAUUUGAACCAGUCCCGGAAACUGGGCCAGCAGACCAUCUUGGGAAUUUCAAAUCUUCCAGGGCUGUUACUGCCACCAUGAGAAUCAACGUUUUGUCCUUCGGGAUCGCCGUGAUCUAUCUUGGUACGGUGGCAUCAGCUUUAUCAGUUGCCAGAGCACCGCCGCUGUUACCGGUCAAGAAGCGUCCACACGGAUGCGAUUGCUACACAAUCUCCGGGCCCGAUCCAGGAUACUUCCAGCACUACAAGCUCUGGGACUUUCGGGCAGUGGAUUUGAAGAAGCAUGCCAAUCUCAAUCUGUCAGAGCCCAUUGAUUAUGGCGACGAGGACUGGGAUGAUGACGAUGAGGGCGACGACCAAGACCCGCAAAACGGCCACCUCCCACCCGUAGUCCAUGAUGAAAAGGACCCGGAUCCCAGAUCACUGGUAUUCUACAAAACCUCCUUCGAGAGAGACUGGAGCAGUCAGAACUGGGAACGCCGAGGCACCCCUAUAGCCCCGGUCCUCAUGGUAAAUUCGAAGCACAAUGUCUUUCUCACCCGGGACCCUGAGGAAAAUGACCCUCAUGCGACGUAUCUUGUUCUACGCACCACCCGCUUUUCAGAAUACACCUCCACUGCGGAGAUCGAGACUCGCAUACGCAACAUCUACCGGUGCUCGGUGCGUGUCCGGCUGCGUUUAUUGCCAGCAGGCUCUAUCAUAUCCGAGCCCCCUCAGCAUAAAGAAUGGCCACCACGGGACCCAAAACAACAUCCCACCAUGUCUUUGAACAAGACGAUGCCGCCCCGUGAUGGCAGGCCACCUGACGGCGCUUGUGCUGGCAUCUUCACCUACCAUGACCAAACCUGUGAAUCGGACAUUGAGAUUUUGACGAAGGACCCUCCCCAUCGCGUGCACUAUGCCAAUCAGCCCGAUUAUGAUUUUGCUGCUGAUCAUGAGAUCCCCGGUGCGAGCACUAUUGCCGAUAUACCUGUUCCAUGGACAACGUGGUCCACACAUCGCCUGGACUGGCUCUCGGAUAUGUCACGGUGGUAUGUCAACAACCAGAUACAGGAUGCCAAAUCAUACAGGGUCCCUGACCUAGAUAGCAUGAUAAUUCUCAAUCUCUGGAGUGAUGGCGGGCUCUGGACGGGCGAUAUGAGAAUUGGCGACAGUAUAUACAUGGGUAUCGAAUACAUCGAGCUGAUCUACAACCGUUCCUCUGAUGCUUUCAGGGGCCCUUAUGUGUCUCUUUCGCAGAACCAUGGCGGCGAUCAAAGUGCCCCUCUCGGAAAUGAUUCGCUUGGCAAUGGGAAUCCAUUGGAGCCAGAUAAAAACCACGAAAAGUGCAAGCCAGGUAGGCAGGGCCGCGAGUGCAGAAGAAAGAAGUGGAGGAACAGGCCUCUUCAUGAAUCUUGUCGGAGACCAUGCAAAAUUGAUGAACUUUAA